AUGACCGAGCUCACCAAGGAGGGUGUUACCUCACUCUUCGGUGCAGUGCUGCCAGCAGUCAGCAUGCGGGGGAGCUGCACGGGGGCACAGGGAUCGGCCCAGAGGCCGCCAGCGACUCCGCAGGCGGGAGGUGCCAAGGGGCCACAGGACAAGAAGCCGGAGCGACCAACCAAGUUUCGGAAAGGGCAGGGCAAAGGCAAGCAACAGGCCAAGAGGCAGCUGGAGACAUCAGGCGAUUCUUCGGCUCAGGAUCCGGACAACACGUUGGUUCCAUUGCUCGCCAAGCUGUGCCUGCGUCACGAGGAUUCCCUCAACAUUCUCCAGCUGGACAGGGCUUACACGAUGAUCUUCAAAACCUCAGGAGAGGAGACGAUGCUUGCGGCGAUCAACGAUCUCUCGAACAGGUGGAAAGAGCUACAGUCGUCGGGACAAACCGAUUGCCCCAAGCGCAUGGCCCUCUUCAAGGGUAUCCUUCUCGAACUUCAGACGAGGGCUCAGGCUCUUUUGGAGGUGGAGGCCAAGGUGCAGCUGCUUGUGCAAUACCAUUGGAUCACCAAGCAGGAGGGGAGAGAGCCAGCAUGGAUGCCAUUGGUUUGGAGCGUAGCCCAGCAGAAGGAGAUUGCUUGCCCCGACGUAGGUCCCCUACCACAUUCGGAUGCCAUGAAAGCAAUCGAGACAUUGCUUGCGUUGGCCAGCGGACAGAUCGUCCAAAGAUUCCACCCGACGAGACAGUUAGCGGAGGAGUACACGGGCGAAGUGCUCGAGUUCAAGCUGGAGACAUCGCUAAGGGGAGCCGAGGCCAUGAAGGUUCACGAGGCGUUGGAACAGUUGUGCAGCUCGGCGAUCUGGAUGUUGGUGGGUGCCCGGCUCCGGCCACAGGGAUUGAAACGGGAUCCACUUGCGCGGAAGCUUCAGGAGCUGCUCUCCGGGGG